AUGUCUCUUCGGCUGUCCAGCGGAUCCAGGAGGUCCGGUGCCCGUCCUAGCACUGGGUCCCUGAGGCUCUCCAGCGGGGGAGCCAGCUUUGGGGCUGGCAAUGCCUGCGGCAUCCCUGGCAUCGGCAGCGGCUUCUCCUGCGCCUUUGGGAGCAGCUCAUCGGUAGGAAAUGUGGGCACCGGCAGCACCUGUGCCGGCUUCACAGUGAAUGAGGGUGGCCUCCUGUCCGGCAAUGAGAAGGUGACCAUGCAGAACCUCAACGACCGCCUGGCCUCCUACCUGGACAACGUGCGUGCCCUGGAGGAGGCCAACGCUGACCUGGAGCAGAAGAUCAAAGGGUGGUACGAGAAAUUCGGGCCUGGCUCUUGCCGGGGCCUGGACCACGACUACAGUCGCUAUUUCCCUAUAAUCGAGGAUCUCAAAAACCAGAUCAUUGCCUCCACCACCAGCAAUGCCAAUGCCGUGCUGCAGAUCGACAACGCCAGGCUGACCGCUGAUGACUUCCGGCUCAAGUACGAAAACGAGCUGGCCCUGCACCAGAGCGUGGAGGCUGAUGUCAACGGCCUGCGCCGGGUUUUGGAUGAAAUCACCCUGUGCAGAACAGACCUGGAGAUUCAGUACGAGACCCUGAGCGAGGAGAUGACCUACCUGAAGAAGAACCACAAGGAGGAAAUGCAAGUUCUGCAGUGCGCGGCGGGAGGCAACGUGAACGUGGAGAUGAACGCGGCCCCUGGUGUGGACCUCACGGUGCUGCUGAACAACAUGCGGUCCGAGUACGAGGCGCUGGCGGAGCAGAACCGCAGGGACGCCGAGGCCUGGUUCAACGAGAAGAGCGCUUCCCUGCAGCAGCAGAUCUCUGAGGACGUUGGGGCCACCACCUCCGCCCGCAACGAGCUGACGGAAAUGAAGCGCACGCUGCAGACCCUGGAAAUCGAACUGCAGUCUCUCCUGGCCACGAAACACUCCCUGGAGUGCUCGCUGAGCGAGACCGAGGGCAACUACUGCUCGCAGCUGGCCCAGAUCCAGGCGCAGAUCGGGGCCCUGGAGGAGCAGCUGCACCAGGUGCGGACGGAGACCGAGGGCCAGAAGCUGGAGUACGAGCAGCUGCUGGACAUCAAGGUGCACCUGGAGAAGGAGAUCGAGACCUACUGCCGCCUCAUCGACGGAGACGACGGCGCUUGCAAGUCUGGAGGUUAUAAAUCUAAAGAUUUUGGAGCCAGCAUCAUGGGAACCCAAAUCAAAGAUCCGAUCAAAGCCAUAGUGGUCAAGAAAGUUCUCGAGGAGGUCGACCAGCGCAGCAAGGUGCUGACCACCAGGCUGCAGUCCCUGGAAGAUAAGCCACAAAGCAAUUAG